AUGAAGAUUCUUUCCUGCAUCACAUCCGUCUCUAAAUUUUCCUCUCGUAUCCUGCAGGCCGUCGAUCUCAGCACUCUACUGAAACAGCAAAUAACCAUAACAGAUGGGCAUUCUCUUCCCUACUUUAUUUUCAUCACCAGUUUGGGUUUGCCUGCCUCCCAUGAAGGAGUUUUUAUCAACACAAUCUCCAGCCUUCUGAGUGAUUUUGGAGAUGGUGACUAUGGCACCACAAGCCUUCUGAUAGCGGCUAGGCAACCGGCAGAUCGUUACAUGCCUCACCUCACCUCUCUUUUACACCGUUCCGCAGGUCGGCACAAAAUCAACGCUUUUGACCUGUCAGAGAGCCUCGAGUCAUCUGUGAUGCAGAGUGGUGAUGUUCUCUACAAUGACCUUCUAAAACGUGUUAGUCUUCUUAUUACAAAUUUCAUCAAUUCCGUUGACGAAGAUCGAAAACCUCUUAUCUUCCUCGAUGACUUAGCCGUUCUUACUGAUCUCCGGGUGCCAUCAAAUAGGUUUCUGGGAUUUCUCUUAGUUUCUAAUCUUCACUGUCUCGUCAUCGGUUACCAUGGCAGUCUUGACGGUGCCAAUGAUGAUCUUCUCUUUCAUUUAGCUCAUAGACGAGCCGAAUUAUGUUUAGAUGUGACACCUCUGGAUACCGGCUACUCGAAUGCUAUUGAUGGACUGGUGGGGUGUUACUUUAUUCUCCCUUUGCAGCUGACGAUUUCUCAAGCGAAGCGGGAAGAUAGUUUGGACGAACUUACCAAGACUACAAAGCUUCAUUUCCGUGCGAUAGAUCGUCGUAUUCAAUGCUACUAUCCAGGUAGCUCAAACCUGGUUAGUUGA